AUGCGCUUCUUUACCAUUGCCUUCGCUCUGGCUUCGGCCACCACCGGCCUCGCUGCCGCCGUCGCUCGCGCAGAUGCUGUCGAGGCCACAGUCCCCGUCACCCUUAUCGAGGCCUACAGCGAGAAGAGCUGGAAGGGCAACCAAAUCAACAUCGGGACCGACAGGGACGUGACUGACCACCCCGAGACGGAUGGCAGCACCGCUACCUGCUUCAACGUGGCGCACAACUUCAUCUCCUCGCUCACCAUGACGCCCAUCCUGGGAGCGCCUUGGAGCGGUAUGCGGCCGUAUGGCUGCAAUCUCUAUGCCGAGGACAACUGCAAGGGCCAGUCGGUCUGGAUCGAGCAGGGGACCUGGGCUGAUGUUUCCAAGCUGUCGGACUUGAACAGCAUCGCCUUCGACAAGCGUACUUCGUCCCUCAAGUGCUGGCUGAGAGACUCUUAG